ACGAAGACGAAAGACAAGAUGGAAGAGGAAGAAGAAGAGCGUAGAAGAGAAGAAGCAAUCGCAUCGACACCGUGCCUACGACCCAAUUUCAAAGCCAAAGGUGUCACCAAAGACCAGCUUUCGAAGUUUCAAGAACUUCACAAGAAGCGCUUACAACUAAAGUCAAAAUCAAAAUUUAUUACAAAAUCCAAAGAUGGGGCCAACAAAAAAUCACAAGGCAAUGACCUAUCAAGCCAAAAAAAUGGAGGUCAAGGUUUAAUAGUUGAUAACAAAGAACCAAGCCUCUGGAAUGAUUGUGAAGGCUUUGAUACAGGAAAUGAAGACUCAAAGGAUGGUGUAUCUGUGCUUUCUGCACCAAAGAAGCAAAAAUUGCAUUGGGGGCUUGACACCAAGGAGAGGUGGGAGAGGAAGUCCAACAUGUAGAUAUCACCAUGGAAAUGCAGUGAGGAAUCUAUGAAAUUUCAUCAAAAUGUUUUGAAAAUGGGUAUUGUUUGAACUUUGAAGAUAACCCUGGAAGUGCUCAAGUCGUUGUUUUUGUACUUGCACAUGCAGUACAUAAUAAGGGAACAUCAGUUAUUCAUGUUUUGGGGCUUAAAAGUUGACAUGUAUCGUCAUGGUCAUCAGUAACCCUGCCCUGGUUAUUAUAGCAAGUAUAAGAUGAUAGGCAAUGAGCUAAUUACACCAUAGAGUUCUAUUUGUUUAAUAUUAGCAUUAUCAACAAUGUAACCAUCAAACAAAUUAUUUGAUUUUUAGACAUGAAAAACAAAGGUUAGAAUUUUUGUUCUAGUUGAGAUCAUUCCCCAACCUGGACACUAUACAUGUUACAAGUUGAGUGCAAGAAAUUUGGACGCAUAAAUGUUUUGCUGAAUGUUGCUC